AUGGCUUCUUCUCAUCAAAUUUACAAACUAAUCACCAUUUUAGUUCUCUUCCUCUCCUUCACAUUAACCUCUCUCGCUGAAAACGUCCAGCUCGCAAGCGAGACUCAUUGCAAUUCCGGAACGCGGGCAUCGUCAUGCAACAACUACAAAGAAUCUAAGAAACUCAAAAUCAUAGCGUUUUUCUCAAUCUUAGUGGCGAGUAUAAUCGGUGUUUCUCUACCGUUAAUUACCCGUAACAUUCCGGCGUUAGGACCAGACAGAGAUCCUUUCGUGAUCGUUAAGGCAUUGGCCUCCGGGGUGAUCUUAGCGACGGGCUAUAUGCACGUGUUACCUGACUCUUUUGCCAAUCUCACUUCCACUUGCUUGCCAAACAAUCCAUGGAGGAAGUUUCCGUUCACUACGUUUAUCGCGAUGAUCUCGGCUUUGUUCACGUUGAUGGUGGAUUCUUAUGCCAUGGCUUGGCAGAAAAAAAUAUUGUUGAAACCGCAACCAAAUGCCGCCGUCACCGAAACCCUAGAGAAUGGAUCCAGGGAAUUGGAGAAUGAAAAUGGGAACAUAGUCGCCGACGAUGCAAAAUCUCAGCUAAUUAGGUAUCAAGUCAUUGCUCAGGUGUUGGAGCUAGGGAUUGUAGUCCACUCAGUUGUAAUCGGCCUUGCAAUGGGAGCUUCGGAUAACAAAUGCACAAUACGUUCUCUCAUCGCGGCUCUUUGUUUUCAUCAGCUAUUCGAAGGCAUGGGACUUGGCGGUUGCAUUCUUCAGGCGCAAUAUGGAAGCAAAAUGAGAUGGACAAUGGUGUUUUUUUUCUCCGUCACGACACCAUUUGGGAUCGUUCUAGGAAUGUUGUUAGAAACGGUAUAUAGUCCGUCGAGUCCUACGGCAUUGAUCGUGGUCGGGGUCUUAAACGCGUGUUCUGCCGGUUUAUUGAACUACAUGGCACUUGUUGAUCUAUUGGGUGCAGAUUUUUUGGGACCAAAGUUGCAAGGGAACAUGAAGCUUCAAACGGUGGCUUAUGUUGCUGUUUUUCUAGGUGCUGGAGGAAUGUCUGUGAUGGCCAAAUGGGCUUAA